GGGGCCGGGACGCGUCCCACUCUGCCCACUCUCUAGGGGUCGGUCUGUCCCGGACCGGCGCCGGCCUCCGAUGGCUCAGCUCUCCUCCCCCCAGUCGGUAUGAUGCAGCAGCAGUGCCGCAGGGACGGGGGAAGAGCCGAGGCCCGGCCUCCUACCUUCCCCAGUGCCCCUGGUUCAUUUGUCAGUCCCCACCCCACUCUAGGCUGGCAGCUCCUCAAACUCGUACCCACCAUUCAGAGGGGCCCCGGACUGUAGGCGCUGUUUCUGAAUCCUUUGGUGGGGAUUCCUGGACUUUGGGGCUCUUGGAGAGACUUCCGGGCAGGUCCUGAGGGAGGGAGGGUGGUUCUCUAAAAGAAGAACAGGUAAGGGGAGUGCCCACUCCUGGCAUGCCAUCCCACUGGGCUCUACCCCCUCUUGCUCAUGUUGUCUAGAAAUGCCCUUUUAGCUUUAGGUGUCUGUGGAUUCUGUUCCCCUCUUGUAGUUGCAGGCUUAUUUCAAAGGGAGACAGUGGGGUGAAGGUUGUAGGGUCCUAGGGCCAUUUCUACUUCUGGUCGCAGUACCCCCCCAAGUGGACAUCCUGGCUGAAAGCAGAGGUGACUCUGAGGAGAGCCUAGGGAAGGGGGGAGUGUAUUUAGGAGUCUGUGCAGUUCUUUGCCACACCCUGUGGGUUUGCUUUGAGGCCUUAGAGUUCCUUCUCCUCCCCCUGCUGCAUUGCACCAUGGGUAUCAUAGAGGGGUUUGAGUUUUGGGGACCUGGGGUGAGCUGCUGCCUCCUAUAGAUCCAGACUCUGAUUGGCAGUAGAGUCCAGGGCCUGAGUUGAGGCCUGGGAAGGACUAGGCCAUCUUUGGGUUUUAGAUCCUGAAGGACCAUCCAGACUUAGUGAGCCUAGGCCUUAGGGAGGGGUAUAUUCUGAUGCCAGGAUUAAGCUCUGGGCAGCGAGGUGCGGAGGGGAUGUGGCAAUGUUUAGAGGUGCCUUGGACUCACACCAACACCCCCACCCCCAUGUGUGCAGCCGUGUUGCCGCCCGCUGUGCUAUGAGCAGUCAGAGCGCCGUCUCCACAAGAGUUUACAAAUGAAAAUGGAGGAAAUGUCUUUGUCUGGCCUGGAUAACAGCAAACUAGAGGCCAUCGCUCAGGAGAUAUACGCGGACCUGGUCGAGGAUUCUUGUUUGGGAUUCUGCUUUGAGGUACACCGGGCUGUCAAGUGUGGCUACUUCUUCCUGGAUGACACGGACCCUGAUAGCAUGAAGGAUUUUGAGAUCGUGGACCAGCCAGGAUUGGACAUCUUUGGACAGGUUUUCAACCAGUGGAAGAGCAAGGAGUGUGUUUGCCCCAAUUGCAGCCGCAGCAUUGCUGCCUCCCGCUUUGCUCCCCAUUUGGAGAAGUGCCUGGGAAUGGGUCGGAACAGCAGCCGAAUCGCCAACCGCCGGAUUGCCAAUAGCAACAGUAUGAACAAGUCUGAGAGUGACCAAGAGGAUAACGAUGACAUCAAUGACAACGACUGGUCCUAUGGCUCAGAGAAGAAAGAUUGGGAACUUAAAGUGACCCUGCCCUUUAUCCUUUUGUCCUACACAGCCAAGAAGAGAAAAUCAGACAAGCUAUGGUAUCUCCCAUUCCAGAACCCCAAUUCCCCUCGAAGAUCCAAGUCUUUAAAACACAAAAAUGGGUUCUCUGUCUGUACCUCUGCAUCAAACACCCUUCCCCUUCUUUUUUCUUCUUCAGGGGAACUUAGCAAUUCGGAUCCUUUUAAGUAUAAUAAUUCAACUGGGAUCAGCUAUGAGACUCUGGGACCGGAGGAGCUGCGUAGCCUGCUCACCACGCAAUGUGGGGUGAUUUCUGAACACACCAAGAAGAUGUGCACAAGGUCCCUGCGCUGCCCCCAGCACACGGAUGAGCAGCGGCGAGCCGUGCGGAUUUACUUCCUCGGACCCUCAGCCGUCCUUCCAGAGGUCGAGAGUUCCCUGGAUAAUGACAGCUUUGACAUGACUGACAGCCAGGCCCUGAUCAGCCGGCUUCAGUGGGACGGCUCGUCUGAUCUAUCACCCUCUGAUUCAGGCUCCUCCAAGACGAGUGAGAAUCAAGGAUGGGGUCUAGGUACCAACAGCUCCGAGUCACGGAAAACCAAGAAAAAGAAAUCCCAUCUGAGCCUGGUAGGGACUGCCUCCGGCCUGGGCUCUAACAAGAAGAAGAAGCCAAAGCCACCGGCACCCCCGACGCCCAGCAUCUACGAUGACAUCAACUGACUUGGGUGCAAGGGAUAGCCUUUGGCUGAGUAGAGCCCUCUCUCCCGACCCCCACCCAGGUGGCAUAGCCUGGCAAAUGGACGGCUGCUGGGGGUCUGGGCUUGAGAAGCUUGGUGGGCCAAGCAGGCAGAGGAUCCAGUUAUGCACCCCUGGGGGGUGUCAGGGUCCUCUGCGAUGGAGCACGACCCCUCCGCAUGCAGGACUCAGACCUGGACAUAUUAUGCCUUGGACAUAAAUUUGGUGGGGAGGCGGUUUUCCUAUUUAUUCUGUGAGUUACUGGAUGUCCAGCUAGGCCAGGGGCCUGACCUGGGCACUCUGCCAGGGCACUGCCUGCCCCCCACCCCAGGAACUGGACUAAGCCCUGCCGAGGAGCAUUGUGGCUACCCGGGAGGCUGUGAGUUGGAAGCUGAGCCUGGAGGGGGCCUCCCGCAGCUUCCCUCAGCAAUGUGAAUGGGUCCGGUGCUUGGAGCUGAGGGGCAGGGCUGGUGUGUCCUGUCCUGUCUGUGUGCAGAAUCCUAUCAGAUGCCCCCAAUCCCAGGGGUAGGCAGGCACGUCGAGCUGUCUGCUGAGGUAGGCGUCCAGAACUGCCGCCGCCUUCCCUGCCCCUCACAGGGGCAGCCCUUUCCCCUCAGUCCCCAUGGGCCUCCUCGGCAGCAGGAGCUGUCCUUUUAUUGUUGGGUGCCAGGAAAGGGCCUCCAGCCUCUACAGCUUCAAGGAAUGGGCAAGGGGAGGAUAGGAAGAGGGAGCUGUGUAUCAGAAUGACUCCCCUCUACCUUUCCUCCCUAUAACCCAGGGCUGGUGAGGAGUGGGGCCCCAAGGUGAGAGGGAACGGUGCUGCUUUGAAAUGUUUUCUUACCUCAUUCCCUGCCCCAGGAAGGGGCCCAGCCUCACCCUCCUGGGGUGGCCCCAUGUUUCUCCUGCCUACCCUGCCCCGCUGCCCUUCCAGGGCAGCCCAAGUUCCCAACUGCUGCUUGCCACCCCCCCUUUCACCUUGACCAGCUUCAGUUCCUCUCUCGAUGCUCCUGCCUCCGAAGCCUGCCCUGUUUCCCCUUCCUUAGCCGCUUUUAAGUUAUUUAUUCUGUACUUGUGGUUUGGGGCUCUGAGGAAAAUCCUGAUCUUUUACCUCUCCCCCCCCUUUGCUAGGAGUAGGGUGGGAAGAGAGGGUAGUUUCUGUGCUCUGGGUUGUCAUUGGAGGGGGAAGGGGUGUCAUGUCUAGGCAUUGCCCCUCUGUGGGACUGUCAUGCCAGUGUGCCCACCUGCCUGGUCUACAUCCUGAAGAGAUGUAUUGUCCCACCUCCAUGCCGGCACCAUCACUCCCAGGAGCCCAGCUGGAGAACUACAGUCUGGGCUGGGAGCAGAGCUGACUGACACAGGGGUGGAGUUGACCCUGAGCCAAGUUCUCUGGCAUUUGCUGGAUGUGUCCCCUGCCCUCCUCCCAGGAGGACUUAUCCCACAUUUGGGUAGCUAGUACCCAGGUCUAGUUGGACUGAUUUGGGUUCGGGAUCCUAGAGGGUUAAGGGAACAACAGAGAUGGGGUCGAAGUACCCUGUCUGGAACCCCAACCACCCCCUGGGGUGGUUCUUGCGGCUGGUGCCUGGUUACAGAUUGGUUUUUAACCCAAGAAUUGUGAUUAUUUUUUAAAAAGCCAAAUUUUGGCAGGAGUUAGAAUGAAACCUGGGGCCUGGGCUCCUCUGUUCUUGACCCUCCACGGUCUUUUCCCUCUAAGGGAAAGCCAGAGGGAAUGGAGGAUCUCAGCCAGCCUCCAGCCUGCUCCCAAAUGACGUCUUGGGAGUAGGCUGAAGGUGAAGGGAGGAAGGCCAGGGGCCAUUCUCCCUUUUGAGAGGCAGCUGCAGCUCAGGCCCUAAUAUACCCUUUCCCCUCUGGCCUCUCCCUUUCCCCCUUCUGGUUGGAGGAGGGAGAAGUGGGAAGUAGUUUGGGAACUGGUUUGUCCACAUCCACUUCCCCAUUGUUCCUUGGCCCGCCCUCAGGGCAGAGCCCCCUGCCCAGGCUGGGUAAGAGAUGGGCUUGGUCCAGCAGGGACCCUGAGGGAGCAAACCCCCUUUCCUUCUGGGGAGAUUAUGCCCCCUACCAUGUAGUCGAACGGGCUAGGAGCUCCCCCUUCCCCUCCCUCUAACAGCAGGCUGUGUGGGUUUCAAUUCCCAUCCUUCCCACCCUGGCUAGGUGUCGUCCACCCUGUAUCCUAUCAUGUGUCUGAGUGUGUGUGGGGGGGUUCUGUACUAAUUUCCAUGGCCGGUGGCUUUUCCUUCCAUGCAUCACUCCCCCCCGCAUGCCCAGGGGCCACCCGCCUGGCAUUACCGCAUGCUGGGGUCAUUGGGGGAGGGGGGUGGGGCUCACGCUGUCCUGUGGUCUUGAGAUUUUUAUUUUUGCAUAUGUAAUCCAUCUUGUACAGGUAGCUAACUUUGUAAACGCUGUGUAUUUCCCCUGCCCCCAUGGCUGCUGGUGUAAAUAAACUGCAUCUCCCGUUGGUA